CCAGGUCCUUUCCACUACCACUGCUCUGCACACUGACUCCUUCACCAGGAUUCUUUCCAGAAACAUGUUACCAGGUCCGUUCAACUACUUUUGCUCUGCACUCUGACUCCUUCACCAGGAUUCUUUCCAGAAACAUGUUACCAGGUGUCCUUUCCACUACCACUGCUCUGCACACUGACUCCUUCACCAGGAUUCUUUCCAGAAACAUGUUACCAGAUGUCCUUUCCACUACCACUGCUCUGCACACUGACUCCUUCACCAGGAUUCUUUCCAGAAACAUGUUACCAGGUGUCCUUUCCACUACCACUGCUCUGCACACUGACUCCUUCACCAGGAUUCUUUCCAGAAACAUGUUACCAGUCCUUUCCACUACCACUGCUCUGCACACUGACUCCUUCACCAGGAUUCUUUCCAGAAACAUGUUACCAGGUCCCUUCAACUACUUUUGCUCUGCACUCUGACUCCUUCGCCAGGAAUCUUUCCAGAAACAUUUUACCAGAUCUUCUCAAUCCAACUAUUACUGCCCUGAAGCCUUAAAAUCAAGAGCUUGGAACACUUUCAUGUGAAUGACUUGCAAGUGGUUUUUUUCAAUGACUGUCUAUAAUUAUGCAUGAUUAACUUAACUCUUAAUAACUCAAUAACAUGACUAACCUCACUAACUUAAUUAUGCAGUUUUUAUAAAAACCACUUGAGUUUUACUAUGAAGGUCUUAAUGGGGUUACGUGGAUGACACCGCUGCUUGAUUAAUCAGGGUAAACGAAAACUUCUAGCCAAGUAUUCUUCAACUCUCAAGUUACUCAAGACUUGUUCUCCAGCUGAAAUAGUCGCUCGAUCUACUAAUUAUGCUGUCCCAAGUACUGGCGUCUACUGUGAUAUAUUGAGUAGUUAAGUG